AUGCUGAACAAUCUCUUCGAAGAGGAGCUUAUGCAAAACGAUCAGAAAAUCCGGGUGAUAAUGUUUUCGCCCCUAUCCACAAUAUAUAUUCUGGCGGAUUACGGAUACUUCUGGACGGUUCCCGACAACUUUUUGUAUCAUUUUCAUCUAUUCUUUGAGACGAGCUUAGUAACAUUCAGUAGCUUGACGGCAGUCAGCGUUGAAAACGUCUUUGGCUUUUAUGUCUAUCAGUUCAACUCGACAAUGCGCGCCAUGACUUCCAAGCUCAUGAAUUCUCCACACUCUGAGAACUUCUCGGAUCUGCUAAGGACAUGCUUGGCAAAGCAUCAAAAAUUAUUGCAAUGCCGCAACACGCUGGAGCACAUUUUUGGACCUAUCGUUUUUUGGCAUAUUUGCACCAAUGCCGUGAUGCUUUGUUCGUCGUUAUAUGAGUUUGCAUCAUUGCCAAACAUAAAUUUUAAACAUAUAUCAGAGUUUCUGACAUACGCGUUAGUAAAACUUCUUCAAACGUUUAUAUACACCUGGUACGGUACAGUCCUCAUAAGUGCAAGCGAAGACUUUCGUAAAGGAGUAUACUUUGGUGAAUGGUUUAAAUCAGGUUUAGACCGUCAGAUGAGGACUAACGUUAUUAUGAUACUGAUGCAAAAGCCGAUGAUUAUAAACGCAUUUUACGCCCCCGUCGAUAUAACCAUAUUUACCAGUUUUGUGAAUGCUGCAAUGUCCUACUUCUUCCUGCUGCAAUCUAUUGGUAGUAAAGGAAAACCUUAGCAGUUUUGACGUUGUAUUUCCAUCAUUAUGCCAAAAAGACAUUUUGAUGACGGACCGAGGAGUGACUAAUGUCACAGAUUGUCACAGAUUGUUACGUCAUUAUAUCUUACAAAAUCAUUAUUUUAUCAUGAAUUUAAUUUUUACUGAACGUGA